GGCACCGGCACCGCCCCGCUCCCCGCCCCGCGCGGAGCCGCCGCCGAGUUCGGCCGAGCCGCCUGGGGAGCUGCUGCCGGAGCCGGCCCCCGCCAUGGGCACUGUGCGCGGGCGGAUGCGCUGCAUCAAGAUCCUGCUGUUCAUCUUCAACCUGACCUUCUGGCUGGCAGGAUUGGCUGUCAUUGCCUUUGGUCUAUGGCUGAGGUUUGGUGGAGUUAUGGCAGACUUCGCUACAGAUAAAAGGUCUCCAGAGUAUUUCUUCAUGGGGCUCUAUGUGUUGGUGGGAGCAGGAGCUAUCAUGAGCGCAGUUGGAUUUUUUGGGUGCUGCGGAGCCGCGCGGGAGUCUCAGUGCUUACUUGGAGCAUUCUUUGCUUGCCUGUUGGUGAUAUUUGCAGCUGAGGUCACUGCUGGGGUAUUUGCAUUUAUAGGCAAGAAGGUGGCAAUACAGGAAGCCCAGAAAAUCUAUGAAGAUAUUUAUGAUGACUACAUGAGAAACCCAGGUGGGAAGGUCAACAGGACCAUCUAUCACUUACACUUGGCUCUCCAAUGCUGUGGUAAAGAUAAUGUGGAACAACAAACAGGAUUACCCUGCCCAGAGAAUAUCCAGUUGCCAAAGAACUGCCUGGUUGAAAUCCAGAAUGUAAUUGAUGCUAAUCUGCAUUUACUUGGAAUUGUUGGAAUUGCAAUUGCUGGCAUCACAAUCUUUGGCAUGAUAUUCAGCAUGGUUCUGUGCUGUGUGAUCCGUAACACAAGAGACAUGAUCUAAAACUUUCACUGCACAACUAUGUUCCAGGAGUUCCAGACUAAGCUUUCCAAGAAGUGCUCUUCUACCCAGUUUUAAUAAUUGUAAUGUAUUUAAUUCGUGUUUUAACAUACUGAGAGGAGAAUACCCCAUUAGAUGAGCAGGUGAACUGUAUUAGUUGCAGUAAAACUGACAUGAACAAGAAAAAAAAGGGUUUAAAAAUGUACUUUUUAAUGAAGAGAAGCAAAGGUGUGUGUAAGACUAAUUUGAUGUUUAAUGUCUGUAUAUGUGCAAUUAAGAGUUUACAUUGUGUGGGCACAUGCAAAGCUCUCCUUACAAAUACUUGUGCAUGUGAGCAGGUACCUUGUUUAGGUGAGUGUGUGGUGUGUGUGUGCACAGCUGCAUGCUUAUUCUUCCAGUGUCUCACCCAGAGUGAGAACACACAAGAGUGUAACACACACCCCCAGGCAGAGAGUGCCUGAAACCCUUUUCUACUGAGCCCCUGUUUGCCAAGGAUUACCAGAAGAACAAAUGCCAUUGUAAAAAUUAAGAGCCAUAAUCCAUUUUGUAACUGCUCUUUCCAAAGCCCAAACAGAGUAGAAUUAAUAAAACUGGACUUUGUUUUAAAAUGUUAAUUAAUGCCCAAGGGCCUGCUCCAGCCAACUCUAAUGCAUGUGAGUAGACCUACUGACUUCCCUGUCACACAGAGAUUGGAUUUGGGUUUUUUUUAGGACUGGACCCUUCAUGCACAUGCAGAAAGCUCUGGGGGAGAAAGCUAAAGAAAGAGGGGGAACGAGGUGGGAAGCUGGCAAGAUAAUGCAGUCAUUUGGGUGCGAUUGCAGUGUGAAACGUGCUUAAGCUUGCCAAGCUAGCCUGAGACACAUACCAUAGAUACAGAUGAGUUAAAGGGGACACUAAAACCUCCAUUCAGAAGUCCCUUUAACAUGCAAGACCCUUUGCUAUACAAUGCUGGCACAGGAGUGGAGCCUAUAUCCAGAAAAGCAGCAGCUUUGUCAGAUCCUCUGCAGAACCUAACAGGCCUGUGGAAGCCAACUGAAGAGUGAAAAUGGUCGGGAAAGGACAACACAGCACUUUAAAAUCAUCUGUUUCUGCUUCUGUGACUAUCACAGCUUCCAUGGGACUCUUACCUCAACCUCUCACCCUUUCUUGCGGGUGCAAGGCAGGAAAGAAAGAAGAGACCUUUUUACAGAGCCAUAAAGUAAAUUUUCUGACUGCCACCUUUAGAUUGCAUGUCAGGUUAAAGAAGAAAUCCACUGUGUGCUUGAAAUACCUCAGGGCUUGCGUUUACAGAAGUUGUUUCUAGAUUUUUAUUUUUCUAUUUAUCAUAUUUAUUCCUAAGAGAAUGUUCCUUUCAAAGCAGCCCACCAGGGAGGAAGACUGUCCUCCAGAAGGGGAAAAUAAAUUACAUGAAAGGCUCCUGAAUAUCUUCCUAUUUGGCUUACUCGAGCUGAUUCACCAUUCCAGAACAGCUUUUUGCUAACAAUAUGCACAUAGCAGCUCUGUCUCUCUCACUGGUUCGGAUUCUUGAUGCAGUUGUUGCAAAUAUGAUGGGGAAAAGUUCAGCUAAAUUACAUAGCUCAUUGAAAUGGUCCACAGUGUCUAACAGGACUUAGCAUUUACAAGAGGUCUUUAUCCCACUGAGAAACAACAGAAAGAAAGGGGAUUUCAGGAAAUGUGGGCAUUCCAGUAUGCAUAUUGCUGUGGAAUACACAGCCCUCAAGAUAUUCCACCUCCCAAAGAAACUCAAACUGCCAUAGUUUUUCUGGUACUUUGGGAUUGGACCUCCUGUUGCUGUUCCACUUAUCCAACUUGCUGCAUCUUGCUGUCUUUUCAAGUUGCUCAGCCACAAACUGUGACACUGAGACAGCUAUGUGCUAAAUGCUGGGCAUGCAGCAGGCACUGCCAGCUGAGCAGCUUCUGAGCCUAGCUUCAGGUACCCAGCUGAGAGGAGAUGAUGAGAUCGUAAGCAAAAAAAGAGUUAGGCUUGUAUCAUUCCUUUCACAGCAAAUUAAUGCCUCAUGGAAGUAGGGUGUGGGACCUUACUCUGCAAGCACCAAGCCUUGACCUCCUGCUGUCCUAAGAAAGGCUGAACUGGGAGAAUGACACCGACAGCAAACCCAGGAGGGAUAGUUCCUCACAGCAGACAACUGACAUAGACAAAGCAGGUACACUUGAGGUUGUCCUUACAACUAGUUGUGCUCUAAGUCAGUAAUGGGACAGUGUACAUCUGGGCUGCUUUCUCCCUGGGGUAAUACUGACAGAAAGAAGACACUGCUCUAUGGUGUCAUUCAGAGCAAGAUAUCUUUCCAUGGAAACCAGUAAAAAAUAGCACAGUAGAGGAGUCAGUGGUUCAGGUUCCAAGAUUAUUACCCUACAGAGACAGAAAUUUAUCGCAAGCAAAGCUCUUUCCUUCUGUUACACUCCCCUUAACGACAGUGCUUUAUUUGCUUUUAAAAGCCUCUCUAUAUAAUUGCUGUUAUUUCCUCAAAAUUUUAGCACCAGAAUGUAAUGUCCAGACCAGAGUUUCCUUCUUUGUUUACUGUUAAAGUUGGAAGAUGCCCACUCCUGCUUUGGAGAUGCACUGAAUAAAAAGGCAGCUUACAGAAACUUCUGUUGCUUCCCCAGCCCCUCACUCCCCCAGAAGUACAAAACCAUCUCAGUGCCUUAUGAAAAAGAGGAAAAAAAAGGUGGUAAAAAGAAUCCUAUAAAUUCACCCUUGAACUUACUUUCUGAUGUGUUUUGGAUGUGUGGGUUUUGCUUCUUCUUCCUCCUAACAGUGCAUUUGUUUUUCUGACCAUAAUUACUGCUCAUACUCUUGGUUUUCCUGCUGUCUAGGUGUAUGAGCUACCCGCACUGCAUAUCAGGAACAGGACAAUACCAGUUACUGGUUUAGCUCUCCAAGUUAUUGGUGUAAUUACAUGGGAAAUCAGCAUGUUAGGUAUCUAUUAUUGCCUUUAACAGAAUCCAGAGAUGUAGCCUCUUCUGCUGGUUCCUGCUGUUGUGAGGUACAUAAUACAUGUGCCAUUUUCUCUGCAUCUUAGUACUUGGAAGUCUUUAAUUUAUUAAGGAACAGAAAAUACAGCUCUUGUCUCCCUGACAAAGCUGCAAGAAUUAUUGCCUGUUGCUGUUUGAACCUAGCUAGUUAACAACUCACACUCCCAUUCAUUAAAUGCUCAGAUGUCACAGGCAGGGUUAUGGCUAUCAAAACUGACUACGCAGUGCCCACAGUUUGUUGUGCUGCUGCUCUUUCUUUUCAGCUCUUGAAAGUGUAAAACCUUUGGUCUUUAGCAGCAGUACAAAACAAUUUCCAAGACUCACCACACGGUGAGUCUUCAAUAAGAAAGCUUUUCAAAAGCAACAAAUCCAAACCAGUACAGAAACUUCCUUUAAGUCAGUUCAGACUCCAGAACUGCAUGGCAGGAUUUAGUUAGCAAGCCCAAUGCUUGCGUGCACCAGAUACCUAAUACCUGCCAUGUAAGUCAGCAGAAGUACCCUGUUCCUUGCACCUCUUUCAGAGGAAAGCAACAAAAGAUCACAUCCCUCCGUGUGAACAUUCUGAACGCACAUCACACACUUUUUAAAGCGAAUGACUUCAGCAGGAGCCUCAUCUGUUAAAUGAAAACCUCAGCCAGCUUGGAUACCUUGCCGAGUGCACAGGAGCCCUGCAAUAUCCCUACAAUGAAGGUUCCUUUUCACUCCUCUUCAUACUGGAAGUGAGAGUUUUAUGGCAAAAUGUAUUUCAUAUGCACUGAAAAUGAAUUUGAGCUUUCUUAAGCCUUCAAGUGUUACAUUUUGCAGAGCCUUUGGGGGCCACUCAUUAACAGCAUCAGAUGCCGUUCAACGAAAACGUGCACGAAUAAAGCUUUCCAAACGUC